CAAAAAGACAAGUAAACGUAUCGUCUACUGCGGCGUCAAUAUUAAGUGAUGACUACGUGGGGAGGAGAAGCCUAAGCUCCCUUACUCUGCCCUCGUCUCUCCCAUCCAGUCAAGCCAGGGUUCCCUUGAGUGAGGAGCCUCCUCUGUUGAGACCCAAGGAAAGGCACGUGCAGUCACUCAGCUACUGGAAGGUUGGCUGUGCGGAGAGUGUGUGGAGCCUUAAGGGCAACAAUGAGUAUUCUCUCCGACCAGAUUCCUUUGGCCCCACUCAUGGACAAGGAAAUAUUUGGUACAGGAGUCAGUAUCAAAGAAGAGAUCAGUGGAGAUGUCACUGAGGAGAUGUGGUUGGAAGUGAAGGAAGAACCAUAUGCAGAUGAAGCAAAUGAUGAAGUGAGUGAAGUGAAAGUGAAAAAUGAAUUUCUUUCUUUCAGGGAUCUUCAAGACCUUAAAAAUGAAGCAAAUGAAAAAGACUCGUGUGAUAUUAUUGAAGAUUGCAAAACCUUUUCGAGAGUGCCAGUUGCGGUCAAGGAAAAUGAGAAAAAAUGUUCAUCAGAAGAGGAUCAGGCAAAUCAUAAGGAAAAUCAUAAAGAUAUUACACACAGAAAAGUGUAUAGGAAAUUGAAGUCUUUUGUAUGUGAAGUAUGUGGCAAAGUUUUCUACAGAAAAUCAUAUAUAGAAAAUCAUAUGAGACAACACACAAAAGAGAAGCCAUACAACUGUGAAAUUUGCAGCAAAGCUUUCUCUCAGAAAUAUAAUCUAGUAGUACACAUGAGAGUACAUACAAAUGAGAAACCAUAUAUCUGUGACAUUUGCAAAAAAGCCUUCUCUCAGAAAGGUAAUCUAGAAGUGCACGUGAGAGUACAUACAAAGGAGAAACCAUACAUCUGUGACAUUUGCCAAAAAGGUUUCUCAGAUAGAUCUAAUUUAGUGAUACACUUAAGAGUACAUACAAAGGAGAAGCCAUAUAGCUGUGCGAUUUGUACUAAAAGCUUCUCACAUACAUCAACCUUAGUGAAACACAGAGAAGUACACACAAAGGAGAAACCAUAUAUCUGUGACAUUUGCAAAAAAGCCUUCUAUCAAAGUGGUUCUUUAGUAAAUCAUAUGAGAAUACAUACAAAAGAGAAACCAUAUAUCUGUGAGAUUUGCAAUAAGGACUUCUCUCAAAGAGGUUAUUUAGUAAAUCAUAUGAGAAUACAUACAAAGGAGAAAACAUAUCACUGUAAGAUAUGCAAUAAAGACUUUUCAGAGAGAUCAGCCUUAGUAACACACAGGAGAGUACAUACAAAGAAGAAACAAUAUAUCUGUGACAUUUGCCAAAAAACCUUCUCCUAUAAAAGUUCUCUGGUAAAGCAUUUGAGGAUACAUACAAAGGAGAAACCAUAUAGCUGUGAGAUUUGCAAUAAGGACUUCUCAGAUAGAUCUGUCUUAGUGAACCACAGAAGGAUACAUACAAAGGAGAAACCAUAUAUCUGUGACAUUUGUAAAAAAGCCUUUUCUCGAAGAGGUACUUUAGUCCGUCACAUUAGAAUCCAUACAAAGGAGAAACCAUAUAUCUGUAAUAUUUGCAGCAAAGCUUUCUCUGUGAAAGGUAAUCUGGUAGUGCACAUGAGAGUACAUACAAAGGAGAAACCAUAUACCUGUAAUAUUUGCAAAAAAGCUUUUUCUGUAAAAAGUCAUCUAGUAAGCCAUUUGAAGGUACAUACAAAGGAGAAACCAUAUAAUUGUGAGAUUUGCAAUAAAGACUUCUCAGAUAUGUCUGUCUUAGUGGUUCACAUAGGAGAACAUGCAGAGGCUAAACCAUUUAUGUAUGGUUUCUAAUAAAUCCUUAUCUCUAAAAUAUAUUCUAGCACAACACAAGAGAUUACAUGCAAAGGAGCAAUGUGCCUGAGGAUUCUCCAAGAAAUAUGAUUUAGUGAUUAUGUGCAGGCAUGCAAAGUUGAAGCCAUAUAGGCAUUCUCUGGGAAAGAAAGAUUACUCUGGUGUACAUAAAGGUCACAGGCCUAACAUGUAUGAGUUCUGUAAAUAUACCUUCACCUGGAGUAGAAAUUUUGUAGGGCACAUGAGAAUUAUGAGUGAAAAAAAAUGAUCCACAGGGAAGACUUUCUUCUGACAUUUUUGUAGCAGAUGCAUCGUAGAGUUUGAAGGUUCUCUUUUUCUGACUUGUGUUUUAUAAGGUUUUAUUAAUGUGUAAUUUUGUCAAGAUAUAUCAAGUUAUUUGUGUUAUUUCUUCUAUUUUAGUCUGCAUAGACUUAAUGUCACACUGGCAGUCAAAAUAUUCUCUGUAUUCAUUUUUAAGCAAUUUAUAGCAAGACUCAUUGAAAAGCAGGAUGGAGAGUGUGACAUUUUGUUGCUUCUUUUGUCAAAUAUGAUAUUUACUUUUGUGUUUGCGGUUAUAUCAUUGUUGAUUUUUGUCCUUUUAUAG